AGUCGAUAGAGUUCUUUUUGAUAUUCAAGUGUAAAACGGACAAAUUCACUAGAUCUACAUCUAAAUUCAUAUUAUUUAAAGCUAGAAAACGCUGGAAAUUCAUAAAAGUGCCUACAUUCUUUGUGAUUAUCGCAGCAGCGAGCAGAACUUCCGUUAGUGUACCGGCGGUGUCGGUUCGUUCCCGUGCAUGUACACAGCUCUCUGCACUGACACAACCGUAUUGUGUUGAGCGCCGUCGGCCGUCACAUUCGCCGCCAGAGUAGUGUGAAUCAAACAUCAAACCGAGUGCAGAAACCGCAUGUUUCGUGUGCAAGUAUAGAUCUGGUUGGAAAUUGAACAGGGUAUUGUCUGCACCUUCUGCACACUGCCAGCGCUAGCGGCCGCCGAAGAAGAGGCUGAAGGAGUCGUAGCAGUAGCGACCCGUCUUGGUCCUCUCUCGCUGCCCACGUUUUCUGCAUGCACAACGCGCCGACUGGGCGCUGAACACCCUGAGCCAUGGCGAGUCCAUUAACGGUCGGAUGUAGCAUCAACAUCAAACGCACCGAUGGGCGUAUACACUCGGCGAUCGUCGCCGGCAUCGACUUGGCGCAAGGCACCGCAGUUGUGGAGUGGUUCGAGCAGAACGAGACGAAGGGCAAGGAGAUCAACCUCGCCGCCAUCGAGUCCCUCAAUCCGGAGCUGAUGCGACCAGAAGCCUCCUCUGUCGCCGAACCGGCGCGGCCGGAAGCCACCAUCAUCGAAUCGGCGCGGCCGGAAGCCGCCGCCGCGGAAUCGGCGUUCAAUCACACCUCGUCGAAGCUACAACGAGAGUCGUCGGGUUCGUCGGAGGAGGAAAGCGCUCACAUGGCCCACAUGGGUCGCUACAGACAGGACGAAAGCGACGAGGAUUUUAACAGCAAUCAGGUUUCGCCUGACAGUACUACUCUUUCGAAUCCGUCGCAACAAUCGAUAACAUCCACGAAUAACAGACCAACCAAUGGCUCGAUUCGAACGACGCGCGCGAUGGCGCGUGCCACAAUAGGAAACCCCGAGAUAAUACCGCCGCCGAAAGAGAAUGUGGCGUCUCGAUUAAAUAUCAUCUCUUCGAAUCCGCGCCGCAGUAAUGUCGUCAAGGAGGUGGAGAAACUGAAGAAGAAUCGCGAAGAGCGACGGCAGCGGCAAGCGGAAGAGAAGGCCGAAAAAGAGGCGUUUAUGCAGAUGGCACCCGGUAAUCCGCACUGGGAGCUGCUCAAUAUGAUCAUGGACUAUCGCCGCGGCUUGGAUAUCAAUCCGUUGUGCGAAGCGGACGCCGUUGAGGAUCAUCUCAUUACUGUCUGUGUGCGCAAACGGCCUGUGAAUAAAAAAGAGGCUUCGAAGAAAGAGGUUGACGUUAUUACUAUACCGUCGAAGAAUCAACUGAUCGUGCACGAACCAAAGAAUAAGGUAGAUUUGACGAAGUACUUGGAAAAUCAAAUCUUUCGCUUUGACUACGCCUUUGACGAGACUUGUAAUAACGAAAUUGUUUAUAGGUAUACUGCACAGCCGUUGAUAAAAACAAUCUUCGACGGUGGCUUUGCAACGUGUUUUGCGUAUGGUCAAACUGGCUCGGGCAAAACACACACGAUGGGUGGCGAGUUCAUCGGUAAGACUCAGGACUGCAACAGAGGCAUCUACGCCCUGGCAGCCGCCGACGUGUUCAAGUUUGCUAAGUCGGCGAAAUACCGCCAGUUGAAUGCGAUUAUUUCGGCGAGUUUCUUUGAAAUCUACUCGGGAAAGGUGUUUGAUCUCCUCAACAACAAAGCUAAACUGCGAGUACUCGAAGAUGGCAGGCAACAAGUGCAAGUUGUGGGCUUGACUGAAAAAGUGGUGGUUUCCACCGAGGAAGUGCUCAAGCUGAUUCAGCGCGGCAAUCAGGCACGCACAUCUGGUCAAACGUCGGCGAACACCAACUCGUCGCGGUCGCAUGCGGUGUUUCAGAUUAUUGUGCGCCUGAAUAAUAGUCCGCAGAAGAUUCACGGCAAGUUUUCGCUUAUUGAUCUGGCUGGUAACGAACGAGGCGCUGAUACGUCAUCUGCAGACAGACAAACUAGAAUGGAAGGUGCAGAAAUCAACAAGUCGUUGCUUGCCUUGAAGGAGUGUAUUCGAGCGUUGGGUCGUAAAGGUGCGCAUUUGCCCUUCCGGGUCAGUAAAUUAACGCAAGUUUUGCGCGAUUCCUUCGUUGGGCCUAAUUCGCGUACAUGCAUGAUUGCGAUGGUUUCACCGAGUGUUGCAUCUUGCGAACACACACUCAAUACUCUUCGAUACGCUGACAGAGUAAAAGAGCUGGGCGCUGGUGAUUUGAUUGCCAAUCAGGGCGAUGACGGCUUUGACAAACAAGAAGAUGGUGAUUUGUUACAACUACAUUCACUUAGUGAAAACGACAUGACGCCUGAGAUGCUUAAUUUCCACCAAGUUGUCUCCGAUUUGCAAAUGGCUGAAGACGCUAUGUUGGAUAACCAUAAACAGACCUACGAGACGAUGUAUACGAACACGCAGAAGAUGCAGGUUCUUCUCCGAGCAGCCGAUGAUGUUACUUAUGACCAAGAAGAAUAUUGUCAAGCGUGGGAGAGCGUCAUUGAAAGCUCGAUGGCGACUUUAGACCAGGCUCGUGAGAUUGUCGCCGAUUACAAGGCAAAGAUGGCGAACGAGGAACAAGUUAGCCGCAAGACAAAACGAAAGUAAACCACACCGCACCUCCCCUAACGCGCACCCAUUUACGUUUUUAACAUCGUGCUAGGGAUCGCUGUAAAAUAACUUGCCAAUCUGCACUUUAAGUGAUUGACAAGUUAUUUUACAGUGAUUGCGACUUGAUGAGGGCGCGCGCGCGCGCUCGCCAAGCGAUUGUCUGGCAGUGAGAGUUUUAUUUUUUACUACAAUUCUGCACUGCAAGUGGACAAUACAUAUACGAAUCUAUUUACAGAUAUAAUCAUGAAAUAACACUAUUUUGAUGAAAACAACCAACUCUUUUGCUCAAGUUGUUGAUUUUCGAAUGCGUAACGCAAGUGUGAACUCUCUCUACCCCCCGGUUUCUCGUUAUUUAAUGUGUUUACUUAUUAUUAUUCUAUUCUAUGCUAUUACUUACCAAAAAUAAAUUCCUGCCGAACUGUGGUGGACGAUCGGGAAUACCAACUAACUAUGUAUUUUAUAUUUAAAAAAACGUUUAGAUCUGAUAAGCGCAGAUAAAAAUUAGGGCUGUGCUGGUUAACACACGUACGAGACGAGCCAUUAACUUACGAAUUAGCAUUACCAUUUUAACUGUAUUUAAUUUAGAAGGAGGACAAUGUAUCAUCUUAGUUUAAAUUAUUUCGAACGUCUCAUAAUUUAUAUCUCAUUUUUAAAAAUUUUAACCUUAAUUGAUUGAACUGAUAUUUUCUAUUGUGUAUUUUAGCUGCAAGCGCAAUGUGUGUGCGUGUGUGGAAAUUUGUUUAUUACUGCAAGUAGUUGAAACGAAAUUUCGCUGAUGUUAUCUAUCUCUUAAAACUCUUGACUUGCGUUUUUCUGCGCCGGAAAAACUCUAAUCAAAAACAAUUGUUCGCUGCGACGAAUUAUCUAGUUAACGAUUUGUUCAACGCACCACGCUUUUUAUAAACUGUUACAUUUUGUUAUGUGUAAAGUAUUUGGGAGGUUGAUUGAAGACUCAGAAUGCCAGUGUGGAGUAUUUUUGUAUUAUACUAUUCAGACGCGUUGCUUUAACUGUUAAUAAAUCGCAGGCUGACAUCAAACACGCGCCUUGGAGUCUGUUACGACCAUUACGACAAGUUUGGGUGAAUCAUUAUUGUAUUUUUUUAAUAUAGCUUGUUCAUUAAUUGCAAUAAACUGCAUCACAUUGAA